GAAGAGCUGAAGAUCAGUCGCCGGCUUCAUCGCAGAGAUCUCAAGUGUGUGCUGUUGUUGUUGUUUCUCUCUCUCUCUCUCUCUCUCUCUCUCUCUCUCUCUCCCUGACCAAACCAGAAUUGCCUGGGUUGACGGAAAUAAGCUGCACGAGUAACCAGGGGUGUGUGACUGUACUCGAGCAACUCUAUGAAAACAAACAUACAGAAGAUACAGGCGGCGUUUUCCUCCUCAGGAUUAAGAGAAGUCAUCGUUUUGCCUGCGAUCGUCUCUCUGCUUACUCGUCAUGGAGCGGAUGGAGCUGAAGAAAGUGAGCACCGAGGUGGACGACGACAGCAACGACAGCCUGGACGAGUGCUACGCCAGACCCAUCGACUCCGAGAAGGCCACCAUGAACAGCCAGUUCCUUGAUGAAGAGGAUGCCGAGAGUCAGAAGUUUCUCACUAAUGGAAUAGUGAAGAAGAAGAAGUUUGAGGAGUAUCAUGAAGAAUACCACCCAGGUCAUACGUCUUUCGGGAUGUCUGUGUUUAACCUCAGUAACGCCAUCAUGGGAAGUGGGAUCCUGGGCCUGUCUUUCGCCAUGGCCAACACUGGAAUCAUCCUCUUUUUUGUUCUUCUCUUCGCUGUUGCCAUUCUGUCACUCUACUCUAUUCACCUGCUGCUUGUGACAGCUAAAGAAGGAGGCUCCCUUAUCUAUGAAAAGCUGGGUGAAAGGGCGUUCGGCUGGCCGGGGAAAAUGGCGGCGUUUGGGUCUAUAAUCAUGCAGAAUAUUGGAGCCAUGUCCAGCUACCUGUUCAUAGUGAAAUACGAGCUGCCGGAGGUUAUCCGAGCCUUCCUGAGACUCGAGGAGAAUUCUGGGGAGUGGUAUCUGAACGGGAAUUACCUGGUCGUGUUCGUGUCUGCUGGAGUCAUCCUACCCCUGGCCCUGCUCAAGAACCUGGGAUACCUCGGCUACACCAGUGGCUUCUCUCUCUCCUGUAUGGUCUUCUUUCUGGGCGUGCUGAUUUAUAAGAAGACCCAGCUCCCCUGUCCUCUGCCGUUCUUCUUCCACCACUCGGCCAAUACGAGUCUAAACGGGUCGGAGCUGAUGAAUCCGUAUGCGUUGCAUAACAGCUCGGCUCUGAUGGAGUUCUCUCGGGCAGACCUGAGCGGCAUUCACCCGGAUCCCCGUUCUACCGCCGUACCCGUCUCUGGCGUCCACUACACCUCUCACCCGGACGACCACGAGGACAUGUGCACGCCCAAAUACUUUGUGUUCAACUCCCAGACUUCAUACACUAUCCCUAUUCUGGCGUUUGCCUUCGUGUGUCACCCGGAAAUCCUUCCCAUUUACAGCGAGCUCAAAGAUCGCAGUCGGAAGAAAAUGCAAAACGUUUCCAACCUGUCGAUUCUGGCCAUGCUGAUCAUGUACAUGCUGUCGGCGCUGUUUGGCUACCUCACAUUCUAUGAUAAUGUGGAGGCAGAGCUGCUGCACACCUUUACCAAGGUUUAUAAGUUUGACACCAUGCUCCUGUGUGUGCGUCUCGCCGUGCUGACAGCUGUAACGCUCACCGUUCCCAUCGUCCUCUUCCCUAUUCGCUCUUCUAUCACCACGCUGCUGUUUGCCGGGCGAGAGUUCAGCUGGAUCCGGCACAUCCUCAUCGCCGCCUGCAUCUUGGCUUUCAACAACGUUCUCGUCAUCUGCGUCCCAACAAUCAGAGAUAUUUUCGGCUUUAUAGGCGCCUCUGCUGCCACCAUGCUUAUCUUCAUCCUCCCUGCUGCCUUCUACCUGCGCCUGGUCAAGAGCGUCCCGUUCAGAUCCACCCAGAAGAUAUCGGCAGUCAUUUUCCUGAUAGUGGGCGUCAUCUUCAUGAUCGGAAGCUUGUCUCUCAUCAUUCUUGACUGGAUCCACAAUCCUCCUGGAUCUGGAGGCGGCCACUAAACGCGCCAAAAAUGCGGAACCGAGGGUUAUUAUAAGCAAUGGCACGUUGCUGAAGGACACCCUCUCAGCGUUACAAACGGACAUUCAGCUGACGUGAUCUCUUUUUCUCUCUAUGUCUUAACGUUCUCCCAACGUCAUCUUUUAACACCGAACAUGCCGCGCUCUUAGCGGAUGUAGUCGUGAAACUCCAGCCGUGUGGACGGCGUCGGUGUUCGAGAUUUUGGAAAAGAGAGAGAAAGAGACGCAAAAUUAAGAGUCUGAUCUGGCUGCCUCGGACCCCGCAGAAGAAAAGGCUGCCGCGGUGCUUCAGGAGGUCAUUCUCAUGAUGGCUGAGGAGCCCUUCUGUAUUACGUUUUAAUAUUUUCAUGUAUGUUCACAGAUGGGCGCGAAUGACACAAACACACGUUAACAACACUGGUUUUUAGGGGGAUUUUUUUUUCCACUGGCACCAAUAGAUGAUUGUAAGCAACACAGAGCAAUUUGUUUUUUAGUCUCCUUAAAAAAAAAAAAAAAAAAAACCAACAUUGCAUUUUUGCUUGUUGUAUAUGUAAAUAGUACGAUAGUCAUCUGAUCAAGUAGCAUUAAUUGUAGUUUUUCAUAGUUUUAAGGGAAAUGUAAAAAAAAAAAAAAAACAAUUCCCCACUAAUACGAUGUUCGUGCUGGUGCACGCGCCCAGGACUCGGGUCGAGUGCGUUGCAAUUGCGUUCACUCUGUAAUGCACGAACGAAACCUCUGCAGAUGACCUCUGUGCAAGAUGAUGUGAAAUUAUUCAGUUACAGCAAACCAAAAGGAAGGCCUUGGGGAUCUUUUCCCUAAACGCUGAGCGUGAAUCCUAAACGCGCGGCUUCAUUCCAGCUCCGAAACUGCCACAUCGCACAAGCGACGCAUGAAAAUAGAACAACUGGCUCUGACCUUUUUUGGCGUUAGGUGAAAUCCGAGAGUUUGACGCCAGAACUUCAUCGUAUUAGUCAUCGGGUACUAUGUGAGUAGUAGUACCGGUACUAGUAUUAAUGUGCUUACGGUUCACUAAUGCUAUCGCUGUGUUGAGGAAAACCCACAGUGAGGGAGUAAACACCGUCAGAGCAGGUUAGAAGAAAGCCUCUGCGUUUUGCGCAGUACUGUACAGCUAAUGCAACGGCAGCCGUGAGCCGCCCGUGUGUUUUUACGCUGGAGUAAUUUGCUGCGUUGCUGGUACUGCUGGUAGAGUUCUGCUGUGAAUCAGCACCGCUUUCACCUCAACACCGAAUCCUUAUUCUGUUAGCCCUAUCAUGGUAUUCCCAAAUAUUGAAAAGAUUGUAAAUGGCUCGAGUGCGCCACGCCGUCGCACCGCGCUAAAGGUUUAUUCGUCAUGUCCGAGUGGAGUCGUGUCCUCGUUGGGUGCAGAGACCAUUAGACAAAGCGAACGCUGCUGAUUUGCUAUUUUGUGCAGAAUUAAAAAAAAAAAAAAAUACACUAAAAAAAAAAAAACAUUUUUAUUGAUGUUCCUAUCCCUCCAAAGUGGACAGUAUUUAUAGAUCAUUUGUUGAUCUACGUAGACAGAGACAGAUAUUUCAAAUGAAAUGGUAUAUUUUGUGCAUGUUUUGGAUCAUGGUCUUUUUUGACAGUUGUAUAUUCUUUGUAAAUAAUCUGGUAUAAGGUACGCUUAACGAUUUACUCAUACCAUUUUACUGUUAUGUAUUUUAGUACUAUUAGUUAGUCAACUAGCUUCCUUUCUUCUUUCCUUCCUUCCUUCCUUCCUUCCUUCUUUCCUUCCUUCUUUCCUUCCUUCCUUCCUUCGUUCGUUCCUUCUUUUCCUUCCUUCCUUUCUUUCCUUCCUUCCUUCCUUCCUUCGUUCGUUCCUUCUUUUCCUUCCUUCCUUUCUUUCCUUCCUUCCUUCGUUCCUUCCUUCCUUCGUUCCUUCCUUCCUUUCGUUCUUUACGCGCUUGCUUUGUAAAUUCUGUGAGGGACAAAACAAUAUUGUAUUUCUAUUACGUAGUGUCCUGUUGGCUGUUUUUAUCAAAAAAAAAAAAAAAAACUGAAGUGUUUUUUUUAAUGCUACUUGUUUGUCAGUUUGUCGUGAUGGUACAUAACAGAACCCUGGAUGGUUGUAUCGCAUACGGCUGAAGAUCAUCUCUUUACUCAUGUUUGUACACUUUUUUUCUACGAUAAUGCCUUGGUGUAUCGUGGGGCAGGGUCCAGUCCACCUGUAAAACGGCAGAUAAACACUGAUUCUUUUGUGCACACGGUUACAGGCUGUAGUCGCUCGUGUCUUGCACGCUUACGUGUGCGCUCAGUGUCUGAUAUCAGUGGUUGGGCUUUAGCUCUGUGCCUUGACCUUCGCUCAGGUAUUUUAAAGUUGGAUCAGUUUCAUUUGUGGAGGGGUCCCAUACUGAUUUUCCCUAAUACCUCAGAAUGAUUUUUUUGUGGAUAUUUAUUGCUGUACUUUUUGAUUUGAUUUUCAAAAAGUGCUGAUCAUGACACAGAAAGCUCUGCACGUCUCUAGAAGCCCCUCCACCGAUGAAGCUCAACCCCACAGCUAGAGCUCUACUUGUCUCUUCAACUGUUCUACCUACAGAGUGCCAUCUGACUCACAAGGAGCAGUCGCAUGCCGUUGGCUGAGCCGGCUCUGCUUCCCGUGGAUCGACCGUACGUGAUUUGCGUAUUUACUGUGUCAAAGUUGUUUUGUAUCAUUGAAGCGGUUUCAAUAUUAUGUAAUAUAAAAAUAAAAAAUGAGAAACCAA